UUCAGUUUCCAACAUUCAGCUGUGUGUGAAAAUGGAGGGCACUCUUCUUCUGAGCACAACAUGUGUUUCAAGUUCUCUCAAGCCACGGCAUCUUUCUUUUUCCUCCCAUCAACCACAGUCACAGAGUCGAGCCCUGGCACGCAAGAACAGAUAAUCCGGAAAUGGAAGCAGGAAGAGUGUUUUGAUGGCAAGGAUAUUUACGUAGAUUGUGUGCCACUAAUACGAAGUUUAAGUAGACAAAAGAUGCCUCAUGUAGCCCAGGAGCUUUUACUUGAAAUGAAAUCCGAUGGUCUUUUGCCUAGCAACUCCACUCUAUCUGCUUUGAUGCUAUGCCAUGCGAACAAUGGUCUUUUUCCUCAAGCUGAGGCAAUUUGGGACGAAAUGUUACAUAGUUCUUUUGUGCCUAGUAUUCAGGUUGUUUCCGAGUUAUUUGAUGCUUAUGGCAAUGUGGGAUGUUUCGAAAAAGUGAAUGAAAUUUUGGCUCAGAUAAGGUCUAGGAAUUUAAGUUUGUUUCCAGAGGUUUACUCACUGGCUAUCUCUUGCUUUGGGAAAGGGGGGCAGCUUGAAUUGAUGGAAGGUACAUUGAAAGAAAUGAUUUCAAGGGGUUUCCCGUUGGACUCUGCCACUGGUAAUGCCUUUAUUAAAUACUAUAGCAUUUUUGGUUCUCUGACUGAAAUGGAGACCGCUUAUGGCCGCCUUAAGAGGUCUAGGUUUCUUAUAGAGGAAGAGGGAAUCCGGGCAAUGUCAUUUGCGUAUCUGAAGAAAAGGAAGUUUUACAGAUUAGCUGAGCUCCUGAAGAAUGUUGGUCUAGGUAGAAGAAACUUGGGAAAUCUUUCAUGGAACCUUUUGUUGUUAUCCUAUGCUGCUGAUUUUAAGAUGAAAAGCUUACAAAGAGAAUUUCUGAGAAUGGUGGAGGCUGGUUUCCACCCUGAUCUUACUACAUUUAAUAUUCGUGCUCUGGCCUUUUCUAGGAUGUCUCUACUCUGGGAUCUCCAUCUGAGCCUUGAACACAUGAAACAUGAGAAAGUUGUUCCUGAUCUUGUGACUUGUGGUUGUGUUGUUGAUGCUUACUUAGAGAGAAGACUAGGAAAAAAUAUGUAUUUUGCUCUCAAUAAAAUGAAUUUGGAUGAUUCUCCACUCAUAUUAACAGAUCCAUUUGUGUUUGAAGUUUUGGGAAAAGGGGACUUUCAUGCAAGCUCAGAGGCAUUUUUGGAGUUCCAGAGUCAGAGGGAAUGGACUUAUAGGAGGUUAAUUUCAGUAUAUUUGAAAAAGCAAUAUCGGAGGAACCAGAUCUUUUGGAAUUACUGACCAGUGACCUGCACUUCGUGUAAAGACAUGUUUGAUCGAUUGUUAGAGAAGGAUUGUCACUGACAAUUGCAUGUCUAUCAGUUACAGUUCUCAUUCUAUUGGUUCAACAAGUGCAUGUAUGUAUACAAGAUGAUAAUUGCAGCUCAGAUAUAUGCAUUGCCCUAUAUUGUGCAUGGGCUCCCCUUGUUCAAGCUGAAAUGAAGUUGGAUAUUGGUGAUGGAUAACGUGCCAAUAUAAUGCUAGAGAUGCUAACCUGAACUUACCAAAUUUGCAACGAAAUGCUACAUUCACUCAGACUCAAAGUACACUCAGAGGAGUAAGAAAUAAACGUUUCUGGCAUUGUGCACCGACACUCAGAUUUUAUGUCCACUGGAUGGACAAUUGGACUGGAGCUGGAACUCUUAGACCAUACUCUUGAGUUUGGAUAAAUGUUUGUGUUAGAAAAUAAA